AUGUUGCUGCGGCUUCUGCUACCCCUCUGGUAUCUCCCAUCGGCCAUUGCGAUACCCUUCUUCAGUAACAAUACCAUCCCAUCCAAUCUGACCAGUGAUUGUGCGACGGCCCUUCUUACAGACGUUGAACAAUGUCCUCCCACCGUGGCUAGUUUUGCCAUUGGAUAUUACUACCCCCCCUCGGUGCUGGAAAAGGCAUGCACAAGCGCCUGCGUUACUGCUCUUCAGCAGUAUGAAGCAAGCAUUGCCACAGCUUGCACCGGGCAAACUUGGACAGCAUACGAUGAGAUAGACGGUGCACCACUGGACUUGAUUGCCAAUGUUAUGCGAUUCAACCACGAUCUUGUUUGCCUCAAGGACGCGGGUCGCUGGUGUAAUGUAGUUGCGGUUGCUGCAGCCAUGCAAUCAGAUCCAGGACAAAGCCCAAUGGGCUGGGACACUGAGCCACCAAGCGGCGUGCAAGCCUCUGGACCCUGCGAUUUGUGUUUCAUCAAGAAUCUGCAGAAGCAGGCUGGCAGUCCGUACUACGACGGACCUCAAAUUCGAGAGAGUUCCUUGUACGAGUCAAAAACAUCCAGUUGUGCUGUGACGGGCUAUCCAUUGUCUAUCUCGUCUUUACCCUUCCCACAACUUCCAGUUGCUAGUCCCACACCAACAUCAGCGGUCUGCAGUGGCGAGGAAUACGAUAUUCAGACCGGCGAUGACUGCUACAAGAUAUCCAAGUCUCAGAGCAUAGGAACAGCCUGGCUGCUUUCAGACAAUUCUCUUACUGCUUAUUGCGCCGAUUUCCCACAAAAUGGCAAAUUGUGCAUCAAGAACACAUGCAAAAUCUACACUGUACAACCUGCGGACACCUGCGAGCUCAUGGCUAGCUCUAACAACAUCACCAUCGCGCAAUUGAAAGCCUGGAAUCCGAUCAUUAACGCUGGCUGCCACAAUUUAUAUAAGAUGAACGGGACUUCUAUUUGCAUCUCCAAUCCUGGUGUAGCAUAUGUCACUCCCCCAGCUAUGCCACCUCUGGCACCAAGUACAGCCGUCAGCGCAGCACCCGUGCCCACCAAUGCGAAGGACGAAUCGAAUCGACAAUGUGGGCAGUGGUAUAACGUUGAGAGCGGAGACUAUUGCAACCUCGUGACAAUGAGAUAUGCGAUAGCAAUGGCUGAUUUCGUAUUCCUGAACCCAUCCAUCAACGCGAACUGCACCAAUCUGCUGCUAGAUAUCAGCUAUUGUGUAGCGCCAGUCGGAGACAUCAACACCUACUCUGGGCGACCUGGCUACCACACUCCCGGUCCUUCGGGACUACCGUUCACCAAAGUCACUUUUACGCCCACGAAACCUGCUACGACAACAUCCACGCCCACACAGCUGAGCCUUGCGAUUGAUACAAGAGACGAUUGUUACCAGUACUUCGACGCAUCACAGAUGGAAAGUGACAUAACAGGGACUCUGUAUCGCCACCAAUGCGAUUUGGCUGCAGACGUAUACGGCGUAGAGGUUUCCGAACUGCUCACCUGGAACCCUUCACUCGGCAACGAUACAGAAGCUCUCACUUGCAGCUUCGAACCCGGGGUUCGCUAUUGUGGAAGGUUCUAUUUCGAGCCGCCAAAGGCCGGUCCCGAAGUAGGCACAUCGUUGGAUUUCCCGAUCAGAGAAGGUUAUGACACAAACUGUACUGAGUUCAGGGAUGUGUCUAAAGGUUUUACUUGGUCAGUGCCUCUAACAACACGUCGAAAAGCUCAAGCACUCACAUAUUUUGCCAGCGAGGAUGUUCUGGCUUUGUUCGAUCUCACCUUGGCUCAAUUCUUCAAGAUGAAUCCGGCUGUAGGCUCAACUUGUGCAAAUCUUUGGACCGGUGACACACCUUUCAUUCCCUGGAAAAUUAUCGCGCAUGCUGACCGAGGAACAGAAACGGCGUACUGCGUCAAGUCGCCCAAUGCCCCACCGCCCGCUACGAGCAUUAGUCCAACCUCCGUUGCUCCUAGCAGUACAGUUGCACCGGGACCUGGGGCACCGACGCACACUGGACAGCCUGCGAACUGUGUUCGAUGGCACAUAGUCGAGAAAGGCGAUGAUUGCUCGAUUCUUGCGAAUAAAUACUUCAUCACCUUGGAGCAAUUUUAUGCCUGGAACCCCGCCGUGUCGAAUGAUUGCCGCGACAACUUUUGGCAGGGAUCGGCAUACUGUGUUGGAACUUCGGAUUCGAUCAGCGUGAGCAGAUCAGCUCUCCCACCGUCGCCUACUCCCAGUGCUUUCGUCAUCCCAUCGCCAAAUCAAGCAAACAACGCGAUCAAAGAAUGCAACAAAGUUGCUCAGGCGCAAGAAGGAGACUGGUGUGCUGUAGGUCCAUGA